AUCACCCACUUUAUAUAUACAUGAUUGAGAUGACCCCUCUCAUUUCUGGGCUAGACGUGUUAGCUUUGGUGGAAUCUCAAACAAAAUGUAUCACUUUUAAAUCAGGUACAACUUAUGAUCUCAGUGUUUAAAGAAAAGUUCUGAAGCCAAUUUGACAGCAGUUCAAAAAUGAUGGCAUAUAGAGGAUCUUUGGUUGUAAUCGCUGCAAUUCUUAUAACUGUUGCCGCAGUUUCACUAUACAAUGAAGAAAAUGAAAAAGAACAAUAUAAAGAUGACCUUUUAGAAGAUAACGAUUUAGAGGAAUAUAGCAGUAGGAAAGGGAAAAUUUUGUUCCCUUUCUUAAGCAUCGUACGUUUCGCAAACACGGAGUGUUCCACUACAGGCACCAUGAGAGGAACAUGCCUUGCUCGGAGAGAAUGUCACAACCUCAAUGGUACCAUCACGGGCAAUUGUGCUUCCAGAAGAGGCCGGUGCUGUGUUGUGACAAGAGGAUGCGGAUCCACCACCAACGUCAAUAAUACAUAUUUCACAAGUCCGGGAUAUCCCUCCGCUUAUGCAGGCGGAGCAGCUUGCAGUAUUACUGUGUACAGGUGUAAUAGCAACAUUUGUCAGCUCCGGAUUGAUUUUCUGGAUAUGGUGCUCGCUCAACCUGACGGCGACGGCAACUGCGCCACCGACUCGGUCACAGUGACGGGCGGGAACACGGUUGUGCCCACCAUUUGCGGGGACAACACAGGCCAGACCAUAUUCGUGGAUUUUAAUGGGAAUGCUGCAAUUACUAUAACCAUAACUGCAACCGCCUCCACUACAUUCGCAAGGAGGUGGAAUAUGAAACUUGUACAGCUUGGCUGCGAUUGCCCCGGUAUAGCUCCAAAUGGGUGCUUGCAGUACUACACCGGUACUUCAGGGACAAUAAAUAGCUUUAACUACGGAUCAGCCGCAAAUACGGUCCUCAGUUCGUCCCUGGUCACUGGCACUCGACAAAUGGCCAAUUUGAAUUAUGGAAUAUGCAUCCGAAUGGAGGCCGGUUAUUGUGGUAUUCAAUAUUCGCAGAGUGCCAACGACGUUUACUCGUUCACUAUAUCUGGCGACGUAGAAGGCGCGGACAACACAGUUCUCGGCACCUCACUGGGUGCGUCCAACGACGGUGCUUGCUCCACCGACUACGUGAUUAUACCAAACCCGACAGUGACAGCCACUGGCGUAGCAGUCGGCGCUGACCGCUUCUGUGGUAUCGGUUUCGUUUCCGUUCAAACGACAGCUAAACCGUUCGUAAUUUAUGUAGUGACGAAUGGGGACGAAGGAGCCACUGCCACGUCACCGCCAGACAUUGGAAACCGUGGCUUCUCUCUUGCAUAUUCAGAAAUCGCAUGUUAAGCCACAACUUUUCUGAACAUAAAUCAAUUUGCAUCAUAUUUACUAUUUAUAUUAAUUCAUUAUAAUUUAUUUUUUAAGAUUAUUAAUUGACAAUAUUUGUUAUAUUAAUUAUUAAUCUUUUCUAAAAAAAAUUUAAACGCUUCAUGAUCUUGCGUGACGUCGAUAAUAUUUUAAUUAUAUAGAAAUACUAGAAUCUAAUUAUCUUUAAAAAUUUUGCCAAUUUGAAAGGGCGACAUUAAUUAUUUAGUGCAUCGUAUAUAAAAUUUAUUAUUGUUACCUUUUCGAACUUGAAGGCUGUAUAAUUUGCUAUUCUAUAUACCUGUUGUAUCAUUUUGUAUAAAUAUAUUAAUUAAAAUACUUCCUAGUUAUCUACUACUACUUACCAGAGGGAGACUUUGUACAAAAGUCGAUUGCUUGGGUACCUCUGUCCCAUUCGUGUUUCAAACGUGAAGCAGUUGUGUUUGCAAGGCUGUGUUUCGGUUUGAAGGGUGGGAUAUGGCGUGAAUUUACUAAGUACAGAGGAAUAACACCUGAGUCCUCAGG